AUGUCAUCACGUCAUCGAUUUCUUCAAAGAUCUAUCAAUCAUGUUUCAUUUCAUAAUCGUCUUACUGAAGAAGAAUUAAUGUGGCGUCGACGUGAAAACGAACGAGAAGCACUAAACAACGAUAGAAAAAAACGACGACAUCGAUCUCGAUCGCCGUACGAGCAGCAAAAACAAAAAGGAAAAUAUCGUUCAUCAAGUGAUGAAAGUAGAAAACUUAAUAAGAAUCCAGCUGAAGCUGAAUUUGGUCCACCGUUACCAUCUAAUUUGGGUGUGAAUGCUGAUCGAUGGGACCAUGCAUUUUUUAUGCAACGCUAUCCAGAUGAAUAUGAAAAACAAAUCAGUAGACCCAAACGAGAAGAUUCUACACGUAUCGACGAGAAAAAAAAUAAGACAAAGCAUAAGAAACACAAACGAAUGGAAGAAGAAGAAGAAGAAGACAGUCAAAAUAAAAGCAAACGAAGACAUCGAUCGCGAAGUUAA